AUGGAGUCCGUUCCUGAAACCCACCGCGACCCCCACGCCAGCGAAGGCGCCGACCUCCAGCAAGAAAAGACCGACAACACCGACCGCAUCAUCACGUCCGACGACAAAAUCGAGCUCACCGACACCGACGCCUGGGAUAAGCUUGGCUACUCGUUCCCCACCUGGCGCAAAUGGCAGAUCCUAGGCGUUGUCUUCUGCAUCCAAAUCUCCAUGAACAUGAACGCGUCGCUAUACGCCAACGGCGUCGCCCGCAUCGCCGAGGAGCAUGGCAUCUCGAAGCAGGUAGCUCGUAUCCCGCAGAUGGCGUUCCUCGUUGCGUAUGCGUUUGGCUGCGAGCUUUGGGCGCCGUGGAGUGAAGAGUACGGACGCUGGCCGAUUCAGCAGCUCAGUCUGUUUUUGGUCAAUAUAUGGCAGAUUCCAUGUGCGUUGUCGAAGAACCUCGCGACUUAUAUUGUUUGUCGGACGUUGGGUGGGCUCUCGACAGCAGGGGGGUCAGUCACGCUGGGCGUGCUGGCGGAUAUGUGGGAGCCGGACGAGCAGGAGUACGCUGUUGCGUUCCUUGUGCUGUCCUCAGUUGGAGGAUCGGUCGUUGGCGCCAUCGUAGGUGGUUUCGUUGAGCAAUACUGCUCCCUGCCGUGGAUCUUCUGGGUCCAAUUGAUCGUCGGCGGAGCCACGCAGAUUCUCCACGCCGUAUGCAACCCCGAGACACGGUCUACAAUCUUGCUGGAUCGCGAAGCAAAGAGGAGGAGGAAGACGGGCGAGGACCCGAACGUGUAUGGCCCGAAUGAGAUUCGCAAGCGGAGAAUUACGUUGAAGGAGUUUAGAACUAUCAUUGGCAGGCCUUUCUACAUGUUUUUCACCGAGCCAAUCGUCCUCUGGCUUUCUCUGCUCAGCGGGUUCUCAGACGCGCUUAUCUUCACGUUCCUUCAGUCUUUCCAGCCAGUGUACGAGCAGUGGGGCUUUGGUACCGUCGGCAUCAGCUUGGCUUUUAUCCCCAUCUUGAUCGGCUAUUUCCUCUCCUACUUCUCCUAUCUCCCAUCCAUCCAUCAUUUCCGCGCCAAGCGCCGCAAAGGUAUUCCGCUCAAACCCGAAGUACGCCUCUGGUGGCUGCUCUUCCUGGCACCCCUCGAGACGAUCGGACUCUUCGGCUUUGCGUGGACAUCGUUAGGUCCUGACCACGGCAUCCCGUGGAUAGCACCCAUGAUCUUCUCUACCUUCAUUGCGAUUGCAAAUUACGCCAUAUACCAAUCCUCCAUCGACUAUCAAACUGCCGCCUACGGCGUGUACGCCGCGUCGGCAACAGGCGGCAACGACCUUGCGCGCGACUUCCUUGCCGGUAUCGCGGCGCUUUACUCUGCACCCAUGUAUGAAAACAUCCCUGGACGUCCGCUUGAAUAUGCCUCCACUAUUCUUGCGUGCCUGGCGUUCUUAGUGACCAUUCCAAUUUACAUUGUCUAUUGGAAGGGGCCGGAGAUCCGGGCGAAGAGUAAGUUCGCACAGAGCUUGGAUAAGAGUAGAGAGGUGGGAAGAGAGAAGAGAAGCAAGGUGAGCGUGAUAGGUGCAGGCGAGACGGAGAGAAAGGAGCGAGUGUAG